UUCAUUUACAUAUUGGCGAUACUAUUAUUAUCAUGAUUAUUGUUAAAGAAAAUCAUUAAGAAAGAAAGAAAGCAAGAAAAUGAUCCCCCUCUACCCCCCCAACCAAGUCCCCCGCAUCAAAAACGCCAAACGUCUCACAACAACACGCACCAAGCAGCUUGUACGCGCCGCAGACAGACCCCACGAUGACCCGCCGCCGCCCCCAGGUCUGGGCGAGUGCUGUGGCAGUUCGUGCGAUCCGUGCGUGACUGAUCUAUGGCGGGAGGAGCUGGCUGUUUGGAGGGAGAGGUGGGGGGAGGGGGCUGUGGAGGGGAAGAAAGAGAAAAAAGAUGGAAAGGGUGGGAAUGGGGAGACGAAAGAUGAUAGGGUGGAGAGUAAGACAGAGAAGAAGGAGGAGGAAGAGGAGAAGAGGUAUAAGGUGCCGGGGAGUUUUGACUGGUGAUGGAUGAGUGAGUGUAUAAUAUCAGUGUUGGCUGGAACAAUCUUGGUGGUAUAU